UCGGAGUUUACUUGUGCUAAGUACAGUCUAGUCUAAAUAUGAGGUCCAUCUGGUAUUCUGUGACAAUUGCAGCCCUAGCCCUCUUGCUAGGUGCUCAUGCUCGUCAUUUUAACGAGUUUCCAAUUACAGGUGGCAAUGGAGAGGUGAAUCAAGGAGUACAUAACCCACGUAAUCCUUCACAUGGUACCAAUCGUAUCAGACAUGGUCACAGAGGACAUGGUCACAAAGUACCCAAAGGCCCUAGCUGGCCUGAUGAUGACGAUGACGACGAUCUGUAUGAUGAGAUCAGACGUGCAUUCGAAGUCACUGGAGUACGAGCACCACAAAAUCCACCAAAAAAAGAAAAAUCAGAAGAUACCACUGUAAAUAGUCUUGAAGGAAAGGACACCGAUUCUACCUUAUCAUAUGAUGAUAUACGAGAAGAUGUAGCUUCCCAUGACAGCUGGUACUUGCUGGACAAUGGGGGCAAAUGUGGUCGCAGCGCAGAAGCCCUCGGAAAGAUCAUUGGAGGACAAAAUGCAGAAAUGGGGAGGUAUCCUUGGAUGGUACGCCUUAUCUAUAGAUCAUUCAGGAAGGACACAGAACAGGGUAUGUGUGGAGGGUCCAUUAUAAAUGACCGAUACAUCCUCACUGCUGCACAUUGCUGUUUUGACAACACUGAUGAAAAUCUGGUGAUGAUCAGAGUGGGUGAAUACGAUGUUCACCACACCAAGGACUGCUUUAGAGGCAAGUGUGCCCCACCCAAGUUAGAUGUUGGAGUAGAAUCCUUCACAAAGCACUACAAUUAUUAUAAGAGAGGAAUGAACCACGAUAUCUGUCUUAUCCGCACCUCUGAGAGCAUCGAGUUUAAUGAGUAUGUACAGCCCAUCUGCCUUCCUGUCUCAACCAAGAUGAGUGAACUCGACUAUGCGGACACAGAUAUGAUGGUAGCAGGUUGGGGACAAGUUGAGAGCAUACCCGAAGGCCGGUUACCAGAAAUCCUACAGGAAAACAAGGUGACAGUGUUGAAUGCAUCCUACUGUGAAUCGGAGUUUGGUGACAUCGUAGAUCUCAGGAUACAGGUGUGUGCUGGAGGUGACGUCGGCCGAGACGUGUGUGCGGGUGACUCCGGCGGCCCUCUCAUGCUCCGUGUGGCCCCAACAGAUAGUGAUGAGAAACACUACAUAUAUGGACUUGUAUCCUUCGGAGCACCCUGCAACCAUGGAGAUGGCGAUCCUGUGAUGGGCGUCUACACCAAGAUCUCUGCCUUCCUCACCUGGAUUUUGGAUACCAUUGAGCCAUAAAGGUGUUUUGUGAAGUGAACCAGAAUUAUUUAUCUGUUAAAAGAGAAAAUAUUAAAAAGUGUGAAUCAAGGAUCUGCGGAGAACUUUAAAAAUACUGAUAUCUACAAAUAUAAUCUUUUUGUAUUCAACUCAAAUGAAAAUUAAUUAAAAAAUAAUUAAAGUUUUUAAUUCUUUGCUUUAAGGUUUUCUUACUUUUUGUGUUAUUAUUUACAAUGGUUAUUCCAAGUCUGCCUACUCUUAAAUAUGACACUGUCAUAGAUAAUUUGAUUUUGAUAUUGGUCUGUAACCUUUGGAGUUUUGAAUUAAUGAAUGAUGUAUAAAUAAUCCAGGUAAUUUAAUUAUAUAUUAUGUAUAUCACAUUUUAACAAGUUUAAAUUCAGUUCUUGAUCACAUCCUCAUUCUAACUAUAGUGAUUACACCAAGCUGAUAAUAUGACAUUUGAGUUUUGUAUAAUCAAUAAAAAUGUUGAAUUUCA